AUCGAUUUCAAAUUCUUUUUCCCUUUUAAAUUCUCUACUUUCCUCUCUCUUUCAGGUUGAGAAUCACUUGUUCUUCUCUAUCACACACACCGACUUCAUAGGAGAGAUUUGCCGACUUUUAUCCAUUCAAUACAUACACACGCAUCUCCACGAUCUCUCUUUUGCUUCUUGAAGAAACCCCCAGAAAAAUUCGCAGUUCGAUCCCCCUCUUUUCGCCUCUUCUCAACCGCCAUUUUUGCCCCUUACAAGUUAUAUCUUCACUAUCUCUAUUCAAUCGAUUCUAGUUUUCCCUGAAGAAAAAACCCCACAUCUAGAUUUAUAUUCUGAAACAAACAACACCCAUAAGAUCUGAUUUGUGUUCAAUCGAGAUUCGAGACUCCCGGCUGUUUUCUCACUCGCUUUGAAAAUCAAAUAGACAAAUAAUGUCAGGGGUGAGAACUGCCGUUUGGGUAUUAUUCACGGGCCUGAUUUUUAUUAGGGCUGAAGUUGAAAGUCUGGGUGUGAACUGGGGGACGAUGGCGACGCAUAAGAUGGAUCCGAAAACGGUGGUUCAGAUGAUGAAAGACAACGGGAUUACUAAAGUGAAGCUUUUUGACGCCGAGCAAUCGACGAUGAGUGCACUCGCCGGCUCCGGCAUCGAAGUUAUGAUUGCUAUUCCGAACGAUCAGCUCCUCGCCAUGAAUGAUUACAGCCGAGCUAAGAAAUUCGUGCAGCGUAACGUCACGCGUUAUAACUUCAACGGCGGUGUUAAUAUCAAAUACGUCGCCGUCGGCAACGAGCCGUUUUUGACGGCAUACAACGGGUCGAAUCUGAAAACAACGUUCCCGGCGCUGCAGAAUAUUCAAAAUGCCCUGAACGAAGCUGGCCAUGGAGACACCGUGAAAGCCACCGUACCUUCAAACGCCGAUGUCUACGGUUCUCCGACCGACAACCCAGUCCCUUCCGCCGGGAGGUUCCGACCAGACAUCAACGACCAAAUGGUCCAACUCGUCCAAUUUCUCGCCAAAAACAACGCUCCUUUCACCGUCAAUAUCUACCCUUUCCUCAGCCUCUACGGCAACGACGAUUUUCCGGUGGACUACGCGUUCUUCGACGGCGCAAGCCAGCCAAUCGUCGACAACGGGAUCCAAUACACCAACGUGUUUGACGCAAACUACGACACCUUAGUUUCCGCUUUAAAAGCAGCAGGCUUUGGUGACAUGCCGAUCAUCGUCGGAGAAGUAGGGUGGCCCACCGACGGCGACAAAAACGCGAAUAUAAACAUGGCGUAUCGUUUCUACAACGGUCUUCUACCCCGUCUCGCCUCCAACAAAGGUACUCCACUCCGUCCCGGCGGAAUUGAAGUUUACCUUUUUGGGCUCAUCGACGAGGACGCUAAAAGCAUAGCUCCGGGAAGCUUCGAACGUCACUGGGGGAUUUUCCGGUACGACGGACAACCGAAGUUCGCCAUGGACAUCUCCGGCAGAGGUCAGAACUCGUUUCUAGUUCCGGCGCAAAAUGUGAGGUAUCAAGAGAAACGAUGGUGUCAAUUCAACCCAGAUGCGAAGGAUUUGAGCAAAUUGGGGGAGAAUAUCAAUUACGCUUGUACUUUUGCUGAUUGUACUCCACUCGGGUAUGGAUCAUCGUGUAAUGGGUUGGAUGCAAAUGCGAAUGCUUCGUAUGCAUUUAAUGCGUAUUUUCAGGUGCAAAAUCAAGAUGAAAUGGCGUGUAAUUUUCAAGGUUUGGCUAUGGUGACGACGCUUAAUAUAUCCACAGAGACUUGCAGGUUUAAUAUUCAGAUAGUGGGGACUUAUUCUGAUGCUUCUCGAUCUUCAGUUUAUCUUUUUGUUUACUCGAUUGUUUUUGUGUUAUUGUUGUUGUAGUUUUGAUUUUUGAUGUAGAUACAUAAAUUAUUGUCAUUUUGAGAGUGAUUUUACGAAUUGAUGAUACAUUUAUGGAUUCUUAUAGUUUUUAGUUUUUACAUCUAUUAAUAGUGUUUGAUUGUGUCA